UGACAUGAAAUUUUCACCAAAAUGGUUAGAAGAUCGAGUAAAUGACAAAAGUCGUCUGUACGAUUUGGUCACUCGUUUUGUACUUAUCAGGAAUUUCUAUUUUUCAACCGUUCUUAUGCAAUUGCGUGACUGAUAAUGAAGAAGAGGACGAGGGGAAUUUCACUGGUCCCAAAUUAACCUGUUCCAUCUUUGUGAUUGGGGUUUACAUCAUCACCAGUAAUAUUUCCCUCUUGCCAUCGUCAUACAGAAGGCCAGCAGCUUCUGUCCUCUGCGUUUACGAGUUCUUCGCCACCUCUUUCAUCUUGGAUUUCGCCGGGACCUGCGUCUGGACUCCAAUUAACGUGAUGAUAAUGACAACACUUCCCAAAGCUAUUUGCCACACUUUGAAUCGACUGGAUUAUGAUGACGCUGCUGAAUGGAUUGUCUCAAAUCAGUUACCCAUGAUGACCAUGAGUUUUGGCAUGAGUAUAGGGUCUUGUCUAGCUGCUAUUCACACGACGAGAGCACUCGAUUUAACGAUGUACAAUGAAUGCGGAGUGCUAGAAUUUGCGGAAUAUGUGAAAAAUAGAUUCUGGCAACGAAUCAUCUCCGAAUUUCGUACAACCAGCAAUAAAAAUGAGAGGCAUCUCCACAAAAGUGCAAUCCAGAGACAUCAAUCCUGUGUAAGAACUCCCAGCCGACGAAGACACCGGAGUAGAAGCCGAGGCAGGAUUCCUUGAGUGUAAUAAUAUUCUAAAACUCAAAUACAAAAAACAGAAAUAACAACAACUGAAAAUACUAUUUAUCCUUUUUAUUAAAAAGAAGGCAUUUUUUAUUUUCGUCCGAAACUGAAGUAUAACGUACAAAUUGUAUAGAUAAUAGUGAUAAUAAUUAUAAUUAAUAAUCAAUUAAUAUCAAUUCAAUUUGAUAAUACGUAUUUGUUGUUGGUUUUCCUCACCUUGAUGAUUAUAAUGUAUAGAUUGUUUAUUUCAUUAUUAUUUAUAUAAUUGAUAAUUGUACUAAUGAGAUGUGUUCAGUGGCAGCAUAUAUACAUAUUACAGUGUGACUCUUUAUAUCUCAACGACGGCUACGGUUAAAACAUUUUCCAUUUUAUUUUCUUCAUUCAUCUGGGCUUUACAAUAUGUUCGAGGUACUACUUGAGCGUUUCACACUCGAUUCAAUGUCUUCACUCAAUCCCAAUAAAAUUCGUCACUUAAUCAAAUAGUAAUUUCAAUAAUAUAAUCAGGCAGUGAAGAGAUCAUGGAUAUGUAGUAUUUUUAUUUGCCAAUAAUUUCCCCAAUUUUCAGUACCCAAUAGUCCAUGAUCAGAUGCAGCAAAUACUCAACGAUAAAAAUAAGUGAUUGAAAAAAAAAUGAAGUGGAGAAUUCAGUUACGCAAAUCACUCCAUGGGGUAUGAAAUAAAUGAUCAAUUGAUAAGGCUGAUUAAUAAUUCAAUCGUGUGCAUGAAAUAUUUUUUAUUAAUAAUUCCACAUUCCACAUGGACGUAUGUGCUUCAUUUAUUUCCAAUUGGCUUAGUUUAUUUAUAUACAAUUGUGAGUUUUAGGGAGAGGGAGACUCUUGAUGACAUUGAAUCGAGUGAAAGACUUUCUUUGUGGGGGGGUCAACGGAUGAGGGCGAGGGAGCGCGAGUAAUCAAUAAUAAAAUGUAUAACGACUCGUUUAAUGUACAUACACAACAGUCAUCUAACUAUUAUUAUUCUUUUAGUUUAAUGCCACUGCACACACGCACGUAGGCGUAACUCAUAUAUAACGAUAAAACCUUUUUUUUUUGUUUCUCUAUGUAUUUUUUAAAUUAUUUUAUCUCUUUUUUUAUAUUUACUUUUUCCUCUUGUUUUUUUCUUCGUCACUAAUGCCAGUCUGUGGAAAUACUGUCUCGCUGCUUAAACACUACGGGUUUUUAUUCAACUCUGGAUUUCUGGUUCAGUUGGAAAAUUAAAAGAAAAAUGGGAAAUAAAGUGUAAAACCAAUUUAGCAUUGAAUAAUGGUAAAUGAAUGGAUAUUAAUGGGGAAUUGGGGGAAGUGGGAGGUUUUUCGAAGAUUUUUAUGCCUUUGAACUAUGGGAAGGUGUUCGUGGAAGAGAUUCGUAGGAUUUUUCUCAAGAAAACAUUCAAUCUUACACUAAUUUACACGAUAGACUAGGAAGAGGGCUUUUACCAUUUUUUUUUUCACUUUAUGGGGGACAGCGUAUACGCGAAAAAAAUUAAUAUCACAAAUCGCAAAAAAUUAUAAUUAAAUACGAUAAUGAGUGUAGAAUAAUUAUACAAUAAUCUGGAUUUAACUGUAAAUAUUCCGACGAAUUAUAUUACUUCUUUAGGUUCAUGAUUUUCUUCAUUUUCAGCUUCGUCGAACGUAUAUUAUAAUUACAUAUCUUCGUACAUCGAUCACAUUGUUUUUUUUUCGUAUGUACCACUUAUUAAUGGAUUAAAUUUUAGUCACUGUGGACCGCCCUAGAUCGGUAAAUUGACUAUGAAUUAUCCUGUGUAAUUAAUUUUCAUGUUUAUCCAUGGGAAUUUUAACUGAUCAGUCCAUUUCGAGAGAUUUUUCGAGUGAUUAAGCAGUUGCCAUUUAUCUCUGACGAUCAGCUGGUAAUGAAUCACUCAAUUAACCAUUUGCAAUGAAAUUUUCAUGGAUCACUUUGUCAUUCAACGAUUUGAUCGUUGAACCCCAACAUUUGACGAUAUUAUCGAGUUCAUCAACCUUGUCGCUAGUUUAAUCUCUAGAAAUUCGUUCUUUCACAUCGUUCUUCUCGGUUCAAUAGCCUGAUUUUGCGUUCAGUGGCUCCCGUUUGCAUAAUCUAAUAUAAAUAUAUUCAUAUAUUACGUAAUAAUAUCAAUAAUCAUACAAUAAUACUUCUAAUAAUGGCGAUGGGAAUUUUAACGAUUUUUCGUUCUCAUGUAUUUCUUGUGACAAAGAAGUGGAAAUGGUGAAUUAAUCGGUUACAAUAUUUUUUUAGCUUUUCAUUUUUCUUCAUAUUCAUCUAUUUAUGGCAAAACCACGAUGAAACUGUGGCGAAGAAACUAUAAUACUCCAUUACAUGCCACGGCGCACAUCUCAAACAUCUAAUGUUUUUUUGUUUUUUUUUCAUAUCAAUAAUAAUUAUUUAACUGUCUCAACAGUGAAUAUAUAAUAAAUUCGU